ACUAGGAACGACGCCAGGAAGCCAGCCAGUCUCCAGUACCCAGUCUGCAGUCGAGUGACGCACGCACAAAAAGCACACGCAGAGACAUGCGUUUUAUAUUUUUCCUGUCCAUUUUCAUUGUAAUCGCCCAGCAAUCCAUAUCCUUGGGCAAAGUGGUGCAAACCAGGCACACAUCUGUGGAGGAGCAAUGGAUGGAUAACGAUGGAUAUGAUGAUUAUUCGGUGGAGCCAGACGAUGAGGAGGAUGACAACGACGAUGAAGAGCAGCUGCUGCUGCUGAAAGCUGCCGAAAACCCUGUGGAUGAGGAUGAGGAUAGCUGCGAAUACAGCUGCCCGCGCUACUACCGUCCCGUGUGUGCACUGCGCAACCAUCAGCUGGUGACCUAUGCCACGCCCUGCGAGUACCACAAUCAACUGCGAUGCGCCAGUGUCCGACAGCGUCAGGGCCAGGAAGUUCCCACCUUUCAGUUGCAAUACAAUGGAGCGUGUCAUCAGUGAGGAAUAAUAAUAAUAUAUAUAAUAAUUAUUUCUUUGGGUAUACAUGUACUCCUUAAACACUAGUUUAAUUUAAUGGGCAUUGUUUUUCGACCUAAUAAU